UCCGUCUCCAUCACCACGACCUCCUUGCUUCUGUUUGCCCGUACGAUUUGAGGCGAGGUAUAUUCCUUUGAUAUUCAGCAUUGCGUGGCGGUGACGAAGCGUUGAGGAAUGCCGUGGUUCCAGAGCUAAAAUGCAGCCAACCGGCAAGAACGGGUGCUGGUGAGCCCAAGAUGGCCACAGCGGCCGAGCGGCCCCCGUCCUUUGGCGAAGAGGUGCCCCGGCAUUCCCAGCUCUGGUUGCCACCUGUGCCUCGGCGCCGGUUUGAGGCCAACGGUGUGGCAUCACCCUCCGCAAUGCGGACCAGCCUGCAGAAGUUGUCCGAGGGAAGGAAAGCACGGCGCCUCACUUUCUUUCGCAAUGGAGACCGCUUCGACAGGGGCCUGGUGUAUGCACUCUCGCUGGAGAAAGUGCGCACGUUUGAAGCCCUCCUGGAGGAUCUCACACGCAUAAUGGUGGACCUGCCUAUGGGCGUCCGGUUCAUCUUUUCUGAGGACGGGCGGGAGAAGGUGUCCCAGCUGGAGCAUUUGUGCGAGGGCUGUGUCUAUGUGUGUUCCUCAACAGACCACUUCGUGCGGCUUCCGUAUGGGCGCCAGGAGCCGCCUCGCCCCCACUGGACCUUGGGGCGCAGCACUCGAGGCAUUCCAGGAACUCCGUCCUCUACACCCACUGCACACCACGACACCUUGCCUGCUAACCAUGGUUUCGUGCGGCCCAAGCUCAUUACAGUUAUUCGCAAUGGAGUGCGUCCAAGGAAAGCGGUGAGGGUACUGCUGAAUCACAAAACAGCUCGAUCAUUUGAGCAGGUGCUUGACGAUGUCACACAAGUGAUCAAGCUUGACUCCGGUGCUGUGCGCAAGGUGUUCACUCUUACAGGAAAGCCAGUGACUACCUUGGCUGACUUCUUCGGUCCAGAUGACAUAUUCAUUGCAUACGGCCUCGAGAAAUAUUCGCAUGAUGACUUCGAUCUAGACUCUGAAGAGUGUAAGCAUCUUAAUGGCGCUAUGCGAGUGCGCCGAGAACAGCGUUUUUCAUGUGGUCGACCGAUGUCUCCCAUUUCAGACGUGUCUUCAAACCUGAGUUUUCAGAGCUCUCACUCCAUUUCACCCAAGGCAUCUAAAAAGCUUCAUUUUACAAAUCAUGUGGUACUACCAGAGACAGUUGGACGGCUGUAUACAGUGCGAGAAAUGCUGGGUGACGGCAACUUUGCUCGAGUCUACCAGUGCGUUUCCAGGGAAUCUGGUGGCGAGUAUGCACUAAAAAUCAUCGACAAAGACAAGUGCAGAGGCAAGGAGCAGAUGAUUGCCAACGAGGUGGCCAUUUUGCGGAGGGUUCAGCAUCCAAAUGUGGUUCUGCUAGUUGAAGAGUUCAAUUUUGACACUGAGCUCUACCUGGUCAUGGAACUGGUCAAGGGGGGCGACCUGUUUGACGCCAUAGCAGCGGUGACCAAGUUUCCAGAGUACGAGGCUAGUCGUCUGGUCAGCGACCUGGCCAGUGCACUUGCACACCUGCACUCGUUGGGCGUUGUCCAUCGAGACAUCAAACCCGAGAACCUGCUUGUGGGUGUCCGGGGUACACUCAAACUGGCAGACUUUGGCCUCGCAACAGAACUUCCCCGAGACGGAUCCUUGCUGUCGACGGUGUGUGGCACACCGACAUACGUAGCCCCUGAGAUACUGGCCGAAACAGGUUAUGCUUUAGAGGUGGAUGUCUGGGCUAUGGGUGUCAUCACCUACAUCCUUCUCUGCGGUUUCCCACCAUUCGUCAGUCAAACAAACAACCAGGAUGAACUGUUUGACCAGAUUCUGAGUGGGCGGUUCGAGUUUAUGGCUCCAUACUGGGAUGGUAUAUCUGCAUCAGCUCAGGGUUUGAUCCGUGGCAUGCUUAAGGUGGACGUGACACAGCGCUUGAGUGCAGUACAAGUCCUUGCGCAUCCUUGGCUGCAGCAGCAGGGUGGGGGAGCGACCAGGCAGUCUGGCGCAUGGCAGGUGGGCCUGCACUUUGAAGAGCGGCCACGUUCCAGCCUAGAUGCUGCUGGUGCACUGCCGUCGGCCAUGUCCUGACACCACUGCUGGUCAGCACGAAGAAAGCUGCAUGCUGUGGAUGCUCAGCAUUUGGCAUCUCCGUAGUGCCAUCGAGAAACAGAAAGAAAAGAACUUUGUCGCAGGGAAGCUUUGUGACCUUCAACUGCACCGGUGUGUAAUAUAUAUGUGCCUCUACUUUGGAGCAGUGAUGUGCGCUCUUGAAGGGAGGCUUGCCGAACAUCACUCAUCAUCCAAAACCAAAGUCUCGAGCAUAUGUGGACAGUGUGGGCGGCACCAGUGCGGCUCUCGCCACACACUUCCCUGCGAAAGACCUUAGCUCCCACCUUGGACUCGGCUCGCAUUGCACUCAGUGCGGCUAGUGCAGCACCAUAUGGCCAUGGUGUGGUGCGAAGUUUGUCAGUUUGAUGUGAUGUAACAUAGUAUGCACAGUUGACAUCAAAAGUUCACAGGUCACAAGGCCUGAGAAAACGUUGAAUUUUCUAGCAGUUCGUGUCUUUGACCAUGAAAACAAUACAGCUCAGUGCUGUUUGCAUGUUGUCCCAGUGCUGGUGAGAAAUCCAAAUACCAGGCUGUGGAAACAUUUAGGUUUUUCUCAGAUCUUAUGGCCUAUAAAGUUUUUAUGUCAACUGUACAAUCAACUGCAGAAGCUUUCAAAGCAUGAAAGUCAUCGAAAGGCAAAUUUUAGGACAAAGUUUCUGCCUUGCCUGAAAUUCAAGGGCACAGUGUUGUGGUUGCAUGAAACACAGUGCAAUCUUCGAUUCCAGGGCAGAUAUGUCAGCUUCAACAAUGUGUGUGUCUUUUUGCACUCGUACUUUGCUUUGAAAGCUUUUGCAACUGUGUAGAACAUUGUUUAUAUGAAUUAGUGUGGCACACAAGGUGCUGCAUGGUCCUGGUAUUUUUUUACUGAGAUGAUGUCACUGGUGAAUGCUUUUAUGUUUUUAGCUGAAAAACGUGCAAUCAGUUUCCCUCCACAAAAGCACUUUUAUGGGCUGUACUAGCUUCCCUGAUUUUUGAUGAGAGCUAGCCUUUCUGCGACUUGCCUCGUCAUGCUGAUACAGGAUGAAAUGUGCAAGUUUCCGAGCAACACAUUUUUUAACUAGUCAAGACCUCCAAGAGUGCCGCAAUGUGGGAACUGUGGCUCUCCUGUGCUCUCGGUCUUUUACUUGGCAAGCCAUGCUUACAAAGUUAGGUUGCUCUGCACAGAGUAUAGUACAUGAACCAUGGCAGUUGGCAGUUUUGCUUGAAAGUGACACCUUAUACAGUUUAUUUUUGAAUAAGACCUUCAGUAAUAUAAUCUUGGCUGUUUGCUUUGCUUCAGAGGCUUGGAUUAGAUGGUCUUGUAACUCUGUGGUGAUUUUUAGAUAAGACAAUGCUAGUGUGGCUAGUGUGUUUCUUUGGAAAAUGCCCUAACGCCUCAUAUUUGUUUUCCUGUGUUUGUGUGCACAUUGGAGUUACAUGUUAUGUAAUGUAAAAUAUGGCACAUUAUCAAGUAACACACUGCUAUGAAGUAUAGUGAAAAUAUGCUUAAAAAUGAUAAUCUAACUUUGACAGCAUGGCAUGUUAAGUAUCGAAUGAGAAAGCAACUGCUUCAUUCUGUUCCUCAGUCCCUUUUUUAUUAUUAAUUAUUAUGCUACUACUAUUAUUAUUGCCUUUUUCAUUAAUGCAUGUCUGGUGUUGGGCUGCACCAGUUUCUUUAGCAGCCGCUAUUAUUUACCAUAUUAUUUUGCUCAUUAUGUGAUCUAAUUUGACGAAACAGAGCCAGAGGAGCUACAUGCAUACUCCAUCUCACCAGUUCCAUGCAUUGUAGGGAAAGCUGUGGGGAACGCCAGCCGACGAGUAAUAGCAGUAACAAGAAUCAGCAAACAACGGAACAAAGGAAUCAGAAAGAAAGGAACAAGGGCUAGUUCCAUUACCCACCGCUAAUUUCUCAUGAUCUCUCCAGUCAACCACUGUUGCGCACAUGUGGUUCAGCAUCGGAGAAUGGGCGAGAGAUGCAACUAGUUCUCAUUCUUUUCAUUGCACUGUGGGGAACCGGUGAGAAGGGGCUUUUGUUACGGAGUGAAAGGCAUUUCUGCAGCAUGUGAGCUUGUUUUUGUGUCAUAACAUUUAUUUUCUUUCGUUCUCAACAUCACUUAUUUUUUUAAUGCUUGCUAUGCAUAUCCUCAUGUUUUACUGUGUCUGUUUUGCCUUCAUUUUUAUAUAAGGAACCAGAGUUUAUUUUACAUAGAGUAGGAAUGACGAGUUCAUCUGUUUGAAUUCAAGUGAACCAUGUAGCAUGAAAGUGGUAAGAGAGUAAUAGACAUGAUGCUGACACAAGCAAAACAUUUGCUUAGAAAAACAUGGGUACAGGUGGUUGUAUGUGACUUGUUUUUGUGCUGCAUGUUGAAUUAAGUGCUCUACGCACUAAACAUGCACAUAUGUUUUCCUGAGUAAUCAUUGUGUUGCAACUUGGUUCUGUCUUCUGCCUGUCACUUGUGCUUAGUUUCCAUGCUUCAUGGUUCGCACGAGUUCAUGACUUUUAUUAUUAAGCCUUUCUGCCUUUCUUGAUGCCCAAGUGACUUUUUAGCUACACCAAGACGUAACACACAUUGUUUGUUUUUUCUUACUGAAUAAUAUCUUAAAUGCGUGUUGUAUGUCCAAUGCUCGUAUUCUUUUAAGGGUUUGUUUUGAAAGCACAUGCAGGUUGACAGAAUGAAGUCCACAACCGCCACACACGACAGUAUAAAACAGUGGAACACUGAUUAUGCACCCCUGGUUUAGAUGGCAACCUACAUUUUAUGAUUGAUUACUUCUGGGCAAGAAAUCCUCGCAUUCUUGUAAAUGGAUGAAGUGUACGAAUUCUACAACAAUGAGGCUGCGUGCAUCAUAGUUUUUAUUAUAGUCAGCUAGAACCAAAAUAAAGCACUCAGUUUCGCCUGAAGUAAAGAAGCAGUGGCUAUAAUAUCUAGAGCAGUAUUAACCCUUUCGCUGUCGGACCUUUCUGGCCGUGACGCACCCCCAGUGUCGGUUUGGUUUCAGGGAACAAGCAUAACAGGGAAUGAACAUAGCAAUUUAUUUUUGAUUAAGAUUGGUAUACAAAUAACAUAGUCAAUGCAAUAUGCACAUUUCAGUGUUCUGCAGCUGUUGUUAGUAAACAUCAUCAUCAUCAUCAGCCUGACUAUAAAAUCCGUUCAACAUCCGAAUCUGAGGAUGCGGAACCCUCUUCCUCGCAUGCGACUCUGUCCGAAUCCGAGCUCGGCUUGUAUUCUGAAUCGGAACUGAGCCACCGCUCCAAUGAGCAGACGAAGGUCCCGCACGCUCAGCCAUCCGAAAGUAACCGCGCGCAGGGAGGAUGCGCUUUCAGUCGCCCGCACAACGGAGAGAAUCGGUACGUUGCGUGAUCAAGAAGACAGAGGGAGAUAGAAAAAGGCUAAAACAAAGUUCGAAGGGCUUUACAUUUACUGCUGCAAGUUGGAAGCGAGGGUGCGGCGAGAGAGCGAAAGCAGCAAUCGAGUCACCCUUUUCGGAGAGGCAACGGCACGUGCGCCUGAACUUGACGCGCCGUAGCAGGCACACCAACAGAAGAAAAAUAAAAACCUUCAAACCAGCGGAGAUGGCAGAACAACCCUUGAACCCAUGACCACACGCGCGCGACGCAUGAUCCAGCAAACACGGAGCCACCGCGCCACUCAGCAAAGAGAAAGUGGGGAGUGGCAGUCGCACGGUACUCUUCAAUACAUGGACUAACACAGGUCGGGGCGAAUAUACGAACUUGUAGAAAGAGUCAACAGAUGGUGUGGCCAAUCCAGGAGCGCCUGCUUUGCACUCAGGCGCGAAAUUUUGAACGCACGAUAGAGAACGUACCGGUACGUCAGUGACACUGUGGGGGGGAAGCGCGAUGACGUACCGGUACGUCCGUGACAGCGAAAGGGUUAAAUGCAGUACGACUCUUAGUGCUUCAGGAAGUACUGACUACAGUGAACGUUCAUGGCAACGCUUAGAUGUGCGACAGUAGGCAGAGGUGUGCAGUACAGAGGAUCAAGGACUUCAAAACAUGGCACAAGACUUCCCUCGUGCUCUCUGCUCUGUCCAUUCUCUUGUCCACUGCUGUGUACUAAUGCAGCAGCUAUCCCAUUUUCUGCUCCUCUGGAGUGCCACAGUUUUCACUUCUUACUAUUUGCAGUCUCAUUUUUUAAUUCUUUUUGCCCAUUUCCUAUGAUCUCAAGUCUGGUUUAUGUCUUAUUUUACCCGCCAAAGUGCGUUCUGCAACAGCUGAAUCAUGAGGGAUAGCUCAUCUGGGUGCCUACACUUUGCCAUUGUCCUGGUUGCCCCAUUGAUUGGAUUGACAGCCAGCUAAACAGACAGUCCCUAGGAAGGAAUGUUGGCAUCCACUGAAAAGUAGCAUGACCCUGCGGAAGGAAACCUAAAAAUGUUCCUUAGAAAGAAAUCUUUGCAGUUGUAGGUUUGUGUCAGUCUCAGACGAAUGUCAUCUUUUGCAUUCGUGAUUCCCUGCACAAAUUUCCAGACAAGUCAUUUGUUGAAGGGCCACUGGAUUGAACCUUCUCUCCUUUCACAUUUUAUUUGUUUAGUUUUACCCUUGGUGUAACAACCCAACAGUUGUCUCUACCAAGGCUCUGCUACAGCUGUCACCCUUGGCAGUCUCAUUAGCAACAGCGUGAUUACAGGUGUGAAGUUCCAUAUAACAGCUUGUUUGCUGUGACAGCACCAGGUGCAUGAAGUGCAAUGCAUGCAGUAAGAUCUUGAUCCUGCCACCCCUCUCCAUAGCAGUACUACCCAUUUUCUUGAAAUUAUCACCUUAGGUCCACUUUAGUACAAAGGCCUCACCCAGAGAUCUCCGAUUACUCCUUUCUGCCAUUGACCAAGCUAACCCUGUAACCUCAAAUUUCCUAGUCUCGUAUUUCCACACCCAUCAUGGUGUCUGUGUGGCUGUGGCUCUCAGUUGGGGCAAUCAGUACAAUCUGAUUAAAUAAAGCAGGCUAGGUGACUAUUUGUCCCUGCCCCAUUUCAAAGGGGAUGCCACUGAAUGUCAUCAUCAGUGCUGUCUCGGCAGCAGCUUGCAUUCCCAUAAACAAAAACAAUGUUGCUUUUUCUUUUUUUCUGAAAAGCCAGAUUAGUAACUGUGCCAAGUGUUACAUCACACGAUGUAAACUCCAAAAUGCGACUUGUGAAAUUUGACACCAGGAACAGUGCAGUGCAGGGGUAACUGCUCUGGGACAUAAAACACAUUCAUUCAUUCAUUCAUUCAUUCAUUCAUUCAUUCAUUCAUUCAUUCAAUUUUGUAGCUCCUCCUAAAUAAUUAUAUUUCACCCUCCGCUGUAUUUCACUUCUUUGGUAUCCACUGGUGCUAUUGUAAAACAACCGGUUAUCUGUUCUACACAUGUCAUGGACUGCUCAGUGUAUUCUUUGUUCGAACCUUUAUCUCUGCAGCAUUUCCUUAAUGGCUGUGGGUUCUGCAAGGGGCAAAAUUUGCCUAUUUGCAUAAAGAAAUCCCAGAAGCUUUAGUAGUAUUGUGUUCUCCCUCUGUCUCUUUUAAGGUGGAUGGGGUAUUGCAAUAUUAUUGUAUGGCACAGCAUUUUAAUGCUGCUGCUGUAACAAUUACAUAAUUGGUAUUCCACUGCAGUCACAAGAGGAGAUAUUCAGAAAGCAUGUUCAAAAGGUACACUUACUGAUUAGCAUUAUGUAGGUGGAGUCUUAACAACGUGAUAUUGGGUAAUAUGUUUCUUCUUUGCUCAUUCCGAAAGCAAACUGUUAGACCUGCAUGCAUGUUGAUUAGCUUACCCAACAAGCACACCAUGAUUGAUAAACUGACUUCAUUCCUUGAUAUGCUGCUGUGCUGUAGCCUAUGCCACGAAGUUUGUUCAAGGAAACAGAGAGGGCAAACACUGAAUCAUUCUAAACUGCUGAAUUACCCUUCUAGAAACCUUGCACACAGGUGACUAAAAGUUGGAGAAAAUUGCAACCAAUGGCACUGCGCUUCCACAAUUCAAAUUGCCAGCUACAAAAGGGGUGAUGAGCGUGACCAGACACUACCCUUCACUGUGUACCAAGUUGCAUUGUUUAUGAACAAAGGCGAAACGACCAGGAAGCGGGCCCAACAGUAAAGUGAAAAAACAAAACAUAGCAUAUUGUGUACCAUGCUUUGGCUACACAUUAAAGAACGUCGGGUGGUCAAAAUGGUCAGGAGUCCUCCACUAAGGCGUGCCUCAUAAUCAUGUCACGAUUUUGCCAUGUAAAGCUCAAAAUAUUUUUUCCCCGCAUCAUAUUACCUGUGCAAACUAUGUUGCCGAUCUCGGACAUCAUUCUCUAGUUAUGUUACCAUUUUUGCUUAUCUUUCGAGCCAAAGGGCCUCACAGAGUGAGCGCUAUACUUGAACAAAUAAUGAUGGUCGAGUGUAUUGGGAAAAUUUAGUGGAGAGGAUCACUUCCGUAGUAAAUUUCUCUAAAAUGAGCCAAACUGCAUUUUCUUUCUUGUUGAAAUAUAAUGUAAUCACCUUUUUAUUAUCAGGGGUUCACUACAAUUUGCUAGUUCUAAACAAUGCACCAUCAGAAGCAAGUACCCUACUUUCACAGUGAUGGUACAAUAGUUAUCCUACAUUCACAUAUUUUUUCUUAAAAGCUCCAUUCUAAGUUGAGGUAAUGCCUUGGACAUUUUGAAGGGCUAGUCUACCUAGCUUGUCCUAAUGUUUGACUUUAUAGUGUCCCUUUAAAAAAAGAUGUCCAUAAGUUCUAAAACUACUGUUUCUUUUCAAUGGCAGUCAAUGCCACAUUGUUACAAGGGGCUUACAUAAUGACAAUCCCUUAACCCUUUUAACAUGACGCUUACCAUGACAUGACACUGCGCAAUAAUUCAAAUACGUUGUAAUCUGAGCGCAAGGCCUGCUGUGGAGAGCUACAUUCUACAGGUGCAGCCGUGAAGUACACAUCACCUGGCUUAGGCCACAAGGUACUGUAGUUGAAGAGUUUUUUUUUCCAGAGUUUUCACAUUAGAAAAACUUGUGCUGGCUGGCUUACUAUGUUGUUAGUGGACAUGGAUGCAUGCACAUUUCAGAAUGUUCUGUUUUUCUUGAAUAUAGAUUGAGUUCGCCCUAAAAGCCUUAGGACACUUUCUUUUUACUUGUGGUUUAAAAAAAGUUUGUGGCUUCUGCGUGAGUUCAUAUUCAUACUGUGGACAGCAAGGAACAACAUAGUUGUUGUACUUCAUGUCUUGUGAUAAUCAUUUACACAGUUUACAUUUACACUAUUGACACGAGUACUGGGCAGUGCAUGCUGAGUGACUUGCAUUAUGAGAGUAAGACAGUUGCGUGAUGCAACGCAAUCAUGAUGUUGCAUCUGCAUAACCUUGGCCCAAAGUAAUGUAGCUGUAUGUGCACUUUGGUUCCUUAAGCACGCACUCGAAUUGCUCUGGUGAGGGGCUUCAUGUGCCAGUGUUUUGAAAAAAGAAGAUAACCAAUACCUCAGUUUUUAUGGGCCAGCCUAACCAGUAGUGCUCUUUACUGUAUCUGGCAUUUUACGUGUGAUGGCUUAACACAUCUAUUCAUUAUGUCUUGGGUGAAAAACAUGUUGCUGAUGUUCCAGUGAUUUAUGGGCCAGUUUGCUCUUGUAAACCUUUGAAAAUGUGGAGUUUCGUGCAUUUUGCAGAACAUAGGAAGCUGUGGUAGCUCAAUGGCUUUGCAUUGAGAUUGUGCGACAGCUGUGUUCUUAAAUGCUUAUGUGCUUAAAUUUAAGUGCAAGUUCAUGAAUGCCAAGUGAUCAAAUUUUAUUUGGACCCUUCUGUGCUACAUUGUGCCUCAUAGCUCACAGUGCAGUUUUGGAGCAAUGAAGCCCAAAAAUUAGCAUAAGUUUGGAAACAACUGCAUUUGCUAGAAGUUCAGCUGUCACUUCCCGAUGCAAAAGAUUAUACAUAUAUAUAUAGAAAUGUCGCACGGUUUAUUCUUACCAAAUUUUCCUGGGGUUUUGUCAAUAUCCUGUAGGUGUUGUCAAUAUCCUGUAAAGUGAGAUCUUAUUUUAAACAUAUUUAAUGUAGAAGGCACAGUCCUCCACUUGGAGGUGCCAGUUGGUGGUUUAAAGUGUGGUUGUCCAUGCCAAGCAGUGAAGUUAGCACAGUAGCUCUGGCCACUGUGCACAUUAUAAUAGAACCAUAAUUUUUGUGGUUUGUGUGGGACUGUAAUGAUAAAACGUAGCAGCUGCUAAUAUGCAGACAUGCAACACGCCAAAUGUGUCGUCUUGAAUGCUGGGCUUCAGUGGCAUCAUAACGGAGAAAGCAAAUUAGCGAGCCUCUGUUUUCACUCUUGGUCAUGUGGGCACUCUCAAUGCUUGUCAAGCCAAGGAGCACCAAACUCGAUGUUCAUAAUGCACUGCUGCAUUACCUUUUCAAUUUAAAUUAACAUGAAUUAAACUAAUCAUAGUAAUUCUCAAGCGGCAUCAAAGAUUGCUGUCACUACAGCCAUCUUAGUCACCAAAUGUGGAACAAGGACAGCAACAUAGGACAGUAUAGAUUGCAGCAGAAGGUUUGUGUUAAACAUAGGUUAGCACCAGCCACUGUUGCUUGGCAUCGGCUUACUAAGCAACCUGUUAAACCAGCUUGUUUAAUAAGCCUUGGUCACUGUGAAAUAUAUCAAUAUAUUUUGACAUGGCCUAAUAAUCAACAAUUGUCAGUUUCACCCAAAGAGCAAAGCACUGACUGCGAUAGUAAGGUUUAUCGUUGCACUUAAACUCCUCGGACAAUGUUUUAACUAUACACAGGUUUGACUAAGUUUCUAGCACCCUUAAAAACUUUAACACACCACGUAGGGCCUGUUAUGACAUCACACAGGGGGCACUACGCUGCCUGUAAAGAACCACACCAGUAAAAUUGCAUCACAUUCAGGAUUGAGCACUGAUAUUGUUUUGUAUUUUUAGCUUUAAUAGUCUGAGAAGAUCUAACAUAAAAAGCAUGCACUGUGUGUGUUAUGUUGCAUGACAUUUGUUUGUGGUGCUGCCAUUCUCAGAAUUCUGAGGAAUAAUUUAGUCAAGAACGUAAGAACUGGUAUGAGCAACUUUAGUGGUUGAAUAGUAUGGCAAUAUAACCUGUGUAUAUGGCAUGGAUAAGCAUAUAGCAUGCAUAUACCUAAAUAUAUGUAGAGCCCCACACCGAUGACAACAAUGAAAAUUCACUUGGAGUGUCCAUAUAAUUGCUGUCGCAAUAAUGGGGUGACAUAGUUCAAUUAAAGUGUGCACUCAUGUUGUUGAAGCCAUGUUUACUAACCAAAAUGUUCUUAUUUAAACCACGCAAGAUGCAGUAGUAGUUAGUCAGACCAACUGCUCAGUGAGAAUCGAAGUGGACUAUGCAGUAGCAAUGCACAUCAAUUUCAUGCAAAAAUUUUGAUGGAAAGUGGCCUUGGUAAGCCUUGAAACUGCCUGCAUCAUAAUACUUUAUAUGCCAGUGCAAUGGCAGUGGCUCAUGAUUUGCAUUGACCUGAGUGCAUUUCUUGCAUAGAAGUAGUAAUACACAAAUUAUUUUAAUUUAUAGUUAUAAGAAAUCACACAGGUUGUUCUCAAUAAACUAGCAAAAUUGAAGGAAGUGGGCUCACUGUUUGGCUGGCUGGACAUCCCAUAGAAGUGACUACAGAUGUGUGAUUGAAUCUACCUGAAAUGUGUAGCUGAUUGUAGUUAUAAACAUGAGCGAAAAUAUAACGAAUAGCUUUUACAUCAUAAAACUAUGUAAUGUGUUGCACAUUGUAGUAUUGAUUGUACUUUUGCAUGGCCCUUAUUUGAACCACUUAUUAUUUGUAAGUUGCUAGGAAAGGUGAAAAUUUCUCACUGGACAGUGCUUUUAUCCUUUGAGCUAGUGCAUUUGUAUAUGUGACAAUGAAUGUUGCAGGUGCUGAAAGUUUGCAUUCGACAAAGAAAAAAAGAUCAGUCUUGGCAUCUUAUUGAUGCCUUCAUGGACAUGGGCACUGAACAUAGUGUAUUUUUCAGCUGUCAUUUAUCUGGUUUAGCACAUCUGGUCUUAUGGUUGAUCGAUAUAGAUAUCUCACACAAGUUCAGUAGUCUGUGAUAACUGAACUAAUUUAAGGCACUCUUGAAGAUAUAUGUUCGCACUGACGCAUAUGUUCCUCUGAAUAUGAACAUAUUUUGUGAAGCAUCAUACUUUGUCCUGUAGUGUUUUUUGUAGACUUUUAUUGUUGGAUGCAAAUACAGCUUCUGCAUAAGACUACUGUCAAAACUUCAGCGUUCGUGUGCUAGCGGCGACAAGCGAAAGGAUGCGCAAAAUUAACGGCUCUUACCCUUCUGUUUUAUUUGAUUUGAUUAAUCAAGUUCUGUACAGAUUAACAGUUUGGAACUAGCAAUAAUAAUAUUUGUAUAGGCUUGAACACACUAAAACGUUUGCAGUAGAUUGAAGUGAGUCCCUUGCAUUUAUUAAUUGAAAAAAGAAAGUAUUGAUAACUGUAUGGAAGCUAGAACAAGUGCUUUCUUUUGUUUUUUUGUCUUGUAUUGUUACUGUAGAAACGUGUUAGUGAUGGUUUAAACAAAACUCAAGUAGUAUAAUUGUAGAUAUCUGUGUUCUUGCCACUAUAUUUAGUUGAAUGUGUAAUGCUGCAUUAGGUUGUGUGAUUUAAUUACUGGAUGUCUAUCGGAGCGUCUAGUGUGGUGAAACAUGUUGGUGCUUCUUUUGAUGUGCUUGAUAGGUCUGCCUGUUGCACUAAAACUUGAGUACUUUUUACACCUAAUUGUGUGUGGCAUACAUGAAGUUUGCAUGGUGCUGUGGCAACAACACCUUGCACCAUGAUAGUGCACUUGCUCUGGCUUUGCAGAGUGAGCUGCGUAACGCUCAAAAUUAGCCUCCACCAGAAUAAAGGUUUUCGCUAAAACAAAACAAUACUAAUAGUAUACAUUUCCUCUCAAACAAGUGUCCUGUAACAGAACUAUACGUCAGCAGAGUGCUAAUUUGAAUGAAAGGGCUUUACCACAGGUCAUACAGCAGACGAUGUACAGCAGCACUCAUGUGUCCUAUUCUAAGGCGCUGUUAUUUUUCUCACCCAUCAGAACAAUGUUUCAGCCCAUUCUAGCCUGAACAUGGUGUCAUCAAAACAUUGCCACAAGGACUGCUACAUACCAGCUACGGCUCUCUCAUUGUGGCAUUUUUUUAAAUCCUCAGAUUGAUUGUAUUUGUGCUACUGUCUGCUGUUAAAGAAAGUUUCCACAGUUGUUGCAUUUAGUAGGCCAAGUCAGUCUCUCUAGUAAAUACUUGGAUUAGCUGGUGUCCGCGCAUGGUGUUGCUAGACGUCACCAAUGGCUUCGUGCACAUUUCCGGCACCAUCUUGCACAUGAUAUUGCCUUGGUGUACAAAUGCCAACAGCCAAGUAUCUUGAGCAACAACUUCAAUGCAGAAAAUGUUUAUAGUUUUGUUCAGACAUAAGGGAGAAGAAAUUCACAUUAUGGCUAAUGCUUGGCAUAACACUGACGACGUACUAUGUGCAUAUGUCAGCCCUCCAUUAUAUUGCACAAAGAAUUAUCAUGCCUAAACAGUUACCUUUCGCAAGCGCUUGCACAUGUCCAUGAUUUUUAGGUUGGUACUGCCUUCCCUUGAGCACACGCGGAUAAUUUUGUGUCUUCCUCCUUUUCUGCCAUUGUGCAACCAAGCUUUCAUUUGAUAGUCGGCAUUUGUGUUGUCCUUUUUCUUUCAUUUCUUCUUGUGUCCGUUCUGUAAAAUUAAUCCCUACCAACUUGUUCUAUACUUUCAGUCAUGCCCAGUGGGUAUACUUCAGCUAAAGUCGGUGGCUAUACUUCACUUUAUACGCAUUUCCCCUGUGAUACCAACAUGGUCAUUCACGGCAAAUGGAGAAUUUAUGAAAUGCCGAAGCACCAGGGGUAGAGGUCUUUAGAGCAUCGCACAGGUCGUUUUUUCUGGCCCGAGCCCUGCUCAGUGGCUUUAAACCUGACCUGUGCCUGCCUUAGGCACGAAAGAUUCAGGCCCGAGCUGGCCUGGUACAGCCCAGUAACUCUUGAGCCUAAACAAAGCACAGUCCUGUUCUCGGUUAUUGUGAAGAUACCAGAUAGCUACACAGAGGUUCUUUGCUAGAGACAGAUUUGACUGUGUCAGGUUUUCCAAUAUAGUUGUUGCUGACAAAUGAACAGGUAAAGAAAACACAUCCACGGUUUAUUAUACUCGUGCACUUUUGUGUGAUAUGAACACCUGUACUAUAUUUGCCAAAUGUUCGUACGGCAAUAUAUACCAAAGGCACAGGUGUCUGCGCUGGCACACAUAGCUAGUCAUUUCAUCUCUUGACACUCUACGAACCACUGCAACGUACAUUGCUAGAACAUGAGUGAAUAAAAUUGAUGUGAAUGUAAAUUUAAAUAUGCUUGUCUAUUUGCCUUCAGAAUUUAGUAAUUCACUGCUGCAGGAAGCUUUUCUAUUUAUUGUAAACAGGUUACAUGCAAAGAUAACACUCACAUGCAACCAUAUUGCGGCCAAGGAAAUUUUUUUAUUUAUUUAUUCGGCAUCAUUCUUGAUGUCAAUUAGUCAGCCAGAAACUCGGGUAUCAGCGUUUUGCAUUGUGAAUGAAUUUCGGCAGCUCUCUCUGCUCUUGGUUUAACAUGUAUAGAGUUAAGCCCAGUGCAUGUACAGCAUAGACAACACAUUCUUGGUUUUUCUCUCCAUCAAGUUGUCAAAUUUUUCCUUCAUGCUAUUUUUCAACGAACCCACAUAGUGUCAGGAAGAACAAAUACAAGGCAGCGAAUAUGAGGGUUGCACCAUUGAAUGCAUCAAAACUUUGUUGAAAAAAUGCAGUCCGAGAUUAAAUUUUUCUGCAUUCUGAAUUAUUUUCUGCAUCCUUUUCACCAAUGUUACAACUUCCUGCAGCAACUGCGUUGGUUUUAUGUAUGAGGUUUGACGCAAAAGCUCAUGCACUACACUUAACAGAUUUGAUUUCACAAACUUUCACUUUACAUCAAUGUGGUCGCCUACAGUGCAAUGGUCCCACCUCUUGUUCCACUGCCGGAUGCCCCCCUGGGAAGUCGUCUCUGUUAAACGCUUCAGCAGUGAUGUUGUUUUUGUUUUGACUGCUGUCUCGUCAUACCUCCGAAAUCCCGCCCAUGGAGUACCAGUUUGCAUUUGCUGAAGAAAGAAAAAAAUCCAGCAGAACCCAUCUCACGUCGACGUUAAUGUGAUUAAUAUUAAAGCAAUGUAGUGCCACACUGUGUUACCGCGAACCUAAUCUAGUAACGUUGGUUGCCACUGCGUCAUGUAUUAGGCGUGUGCGGCUCUCGCGUUUCUCUUUCGACGUGCCGCGCCAUCCUGCGGCGCCGGUGCAUACGAACGCUGAGAAUUGUGCUCCCACUGCCCGCAUGCAUUCGUGACGCAGUGCUAAAGCAUAGGGCUAUCGUGCUUUGGGAACACGUGUAACGCGAGUUCGACUCUGCUCAGCACCAGAGCAAUUAUAAAGGUUUUCUUUUUAAUUGGUGAGCAGCGUAAAAGAGAUCAGCUACGGGCGCCGUGCCUCAUACGUGCAUUCAACAGACUUUUGCAAUGUGGGUGCAGCUCUCCAAAAAUGCUAAUCGCAUUAAAAGUCGCAGGAGUCUAAAUCCCGUGAGCAUGGGGAGGGUGUUCCAGCACAGUGAAGGAAUUGCCUGCCAAAAAACUUGCGCACUAUCAAUGCAGAGUGCACAGGGGCAUUGUCGUUGUGCAGAAUCCAGUGCCCGUCUUUCGACAAAUUUGUUCACACGCGGCACAAACGAUCCCUCAGAUGCUUUAGGGCCGCCGCCUAGAAAACUGCAUUGUAAUUUUGACCUUCAGGUAUUACAAUGUUUUCUAGAGUUUUGCAAAAGUCCUAUUCACAGUGUAGUAAUAUAUUUCACAGGGGUGUAUAAUAUACAAGUUUUGACAUUGCCACGUAUUAUGAAAUUAGUUUUUCAUAAUUGCGAUUAGUUUUUCAUGGCUCAGCUACAGAGUUUUAAACUAGAUAGUUUCGUUUUUCUCGACAAUGUUCAGCUACAACAAUUUUCAACAAUCUUUAUUAUAAAAUCGACGACCUAAAUAAAUAUAUUCGUUUCUAUCAGUCACUAGAUUUUAACUUUUCUUUUAAAUGCAACACUGUUCGUUAAAUUCGGUGCGGCAGUUGCCAAGAAAAACCAUUUCUCCUUUCCCGUGUAUUUAGAGCUAAAGAGCUUCGAGCUUAGAACUUAAGAGCUUUAGAGCUAAAGCUUCCCCUUAACCUGGGAAUUACGUUGACCAAUGUUUCCCAGUACUGCGAAGACCGAAAAAAGUGGGGCGUAGGUGGCCGCGCGUGGCAAAUGGUAGCGUAUUACCAGAGUCCGAGAGGGCGCCGCUAACGUACGCAAAUGGGUGGAGUGUACCGCUAUGCUGUGUCGUUACCUACCUGCGCCUGCUCUCCCAUAUCUUUAAGGGUUCAUUCACACCGUCGACUCGCAGGAGUGGUGCGGCGCAAAGCUUCUGAACCAAUCAAAUGCUCAGGAAGGGGACGUCUGUACACACUGCACCGUGGCGACUUACUGGUAGCGCUUGCCGGUAUGAACAUCGGUCGCCAGUGGGAAUGAGCCCCAAGGGCGGCAGUUUUGCGAAGUUGCGAAUACCAAUAACCGGGCCUAUUUCGUGCCCGAGUGAAGUGAGGCCCGAGCGCGGCCCAGGCCCGCGUCAAAACUUGCUUUUUUUGUGGCCGACGCCUUUAUGCUACCAUAGUUAAAGUGACACUAAAAGAAAAAAAGAAAGUUCAGCUGUAUUUGUAAAAUACGCCUAAUCAAUAGCAAAACAGCCUCGCUCACCGUGAGAGGAGACUUGGUCGGUAAGAAAAAAAAAAAAGUUUGCACGCAGAAUCUUCUGUAGGAGUUAUCGAAAUGAUGCAUGAGCAUUUGCUGCGAAUCACCUGCUGCUUCAUCCUCGCAUGCUGCUGUGUUUGGUAUAAUUGCGUGAAACACCGCGGAAGAAUUGUGAAACGGAGAAGCGCAGUUGCAAAACCGAAAACGAGACCAGCAUGAGACGACUUGGUAGCAAUGUUCACUCAUGUUAUGGAUAACUUCCAGAUGAUGUGGACGUUGGAUGAAAUGAGAGAUAUUUCCUUAAUAAAGCAUAUAUAUACAUUUA